AUGAUUUUUGUGACAGUUUUUAUUUUUUACCUGUUUGUUCAAUCUGAAACUAAGCUGACCUAUGGGUUGCUUCACGAACAAUUACCUGCGGAAGACCUCAAAGAAGCCCGGGACUUCGGCGCGGCCCGUGAGUAAACCUUCAGGUUUGUUCGAGUAAAGCAAUGUUUUACAGUACGACAGAAGUUUCUUGAAGCUACAAUUAAUUCGACAAUUGAAGAAAGGUGAGUUUCGAACUUCUUUCCUUCGAAAAUAAACUUAUUGCAGACUAGAGCUGUAUGACGAAUACUUCUCUUACUGCAACGAUUUGGGCCAAGGUAGAGCCAAAGAAGUUUUUCAAAAAGUUGCAAGUGCAAAAAUGAACAAGGACAUCAAAGUAAGUACUAUUCGCAACGGAAAAGACUAGAAAUUUUCAAGUUAUUGCUGACUCUUGGAAUGACGCCGUUUGCUGCGAGAUUCAUCAAUCUAGAUUUGAAGACCUUGGACGAGGGCAUGAAAAAGCUUUGCGAAAAGUAUGAACUUCAGCUCCAAUGUCAGCUAGGGUUUGGAGAGUCGAGGUAGUUCAAAUUUGAUUUCAGUUGUAAAAAAACCUCAUUCAGAGCUCAAAUAUUGCUGAGAAUUGAAGAGUUGAAAAAUACCGACGGAAACUUGAGAGUUCUUCUGCAAAGACAGUGUCCGCACCCAAACAUUGGAAAUUCCAUCUAUCACUGUUUCUCACGCAAUGUUGAAGAUUGGGCCAGUCCUUGCUUCAAGGUUUGGAACAUUUACCAAUUCAUCCAACUCGAAUCACAGGAAAUGUUGGCUUACAAUUAUACUCGCUUCUCCACAUCUCGCAGAAUUGCUCGAAUUCACAAGAAAGCUGUCGACAAAGUCGCUAACCUCACAAAAGAAAAAGUUGGUGUUUCCAAUUUCUCGAUAUUAAUUUUUCUGUAACGUUUUUUUGGGACUUGGAUGAUGCAGAUCAAUUUCUCUCUAUGAAGGACCAUGUGCAAGCAAUUUUCGUGCCGGCUUUGAAGGAGAUUGCUGAAAUUGAAGGUGAAUUUGCAAAACUGCUGUUGAUUUCUUGAUAAAAAGGAGAACGAUGCGAGGCUUUGCGCUCUGUGAUGAAUUGUGUCAAACCGUUGAUUGAGAACAAAUGCGGCUCUGAAGCGUCUGAGUUCAUCGAAGAUUCUGUUUUAGUUGGGUAAGUGCAUAAAAUUCUUCAUUUUAAAAGAAAACUCAAAAGAAUUCAACUCUUCAGGUACGUGCGGAACCAACGACAACCAGUCUUGGCUUCUCAGUUUUUCGGAUUCGGAGUGGAGACCAGUCCAAAAUGCCUCAAAGUUCAUCCUCUGAUUGACUAGCUUUCUGCUAAAAGAUGUAAAAAUGAGAAAAUAAAUCAAUGCCGGUAAAGAAAGUUUGUUCGUAUCGGAGAAAACUUUUCUAAGUGGUGAUGAAUGAAGUUUCAUUAAUUGAAAGAAGCAAUUUUAUGUCAUAUUAUUGCUCGGAAAAAUCAAAAGCCGCAUUUAACGAAAAAUGAAAACAGAUUGAGGUUCAUUUUGAGGGGGUUUUAAGUCUUGAUUUGAAAUCUGCAUGCCUUAAAGUACAUCCCUGCAAAGUUUCGUCAAACGUCCAAUCAGGGGUAAAAACAGUUCCCUUGUCAGAUAAAAUACAGCCUUCGAGCUUAUGUUGCGGUUCAAGGUAAAACUUCGAAGUUUGCUUGAAACUGAUCUUGAUUGAUCUUUUUUUAAAGUUGUCUUUUAAUGUUUUAUUUUUUUUUAUGUCGUGAUUCUCCUUUUUAUUUUUUUUUCCCCAAUACGAUUUUUAAAAAAACAUUUUGAACCACUUCAAGGUCAAACGUCAUUAUCUGUUCUUCAAGGUCCAAAUUCAAAUUGCGUAUCCCAGUAAAAAAAAAACGGCAACAGGAAACUGUUUUAACAGAAUCAUAUGACGCCAAGGAAAAGAAUGCGGCAAAUCGACAGCGACGCGUGUCUCUGCCAAAUUUCAAUAAAUACCGGUCGAAGCACGGCGCGCCUACCUUCUCCACUAUGUCGAUCGGUUAGUUUUUUACUUUCGCAGUUUUUUAUUAGUGAGUAAAAGAUUAGUUAUUGAAUAAAUUUUUCUAAUUUUUUUUAGUUUAGUGUUCGAUUUGAAGUAAAUAGCCCUUGUCCGGGGUAUAUACAGGUAAAAUGAAGAUACGCAAAAAGAACAGACUGUUUUGAUAGGUUGAAAAUGAGCGGUAUUUUCGGGGUUUGUUCCACUAUCAAAUAUAAUAAAAACAGAUAAACCUAAAAUAAUUGUCCUAUCGCAAGAAUGAUUUACUAAAGUCCAUUUUGAGAAUUGAAGCUUUUUUUGAAUACUUUUUUUGAAAAAUGAGAUAUGAAUGAAAAAAACCCAACAGUCUUCUUUUACCGGUCAACGUAAUAGAUUGGCUUUGAAGGAAUAAUCAAAUUCUUUGUUUUUUUGUCAAAGAGUUCAGAAUAUUUGAGUGAAAUUCAUUUUUUUAAUUCCAGAAGAUGCGCUCAAACGAGAAAAACGCAGUGGAAAGCGUGCAGUGAGUGAGUACCUAUCUUCCUUUUGUAACAUAAAACUGAACUUUUUGAGAAGAAGCCAAGAGAGAUAUAAAACGCGCCGGUAGGAACAUCGAGAACGCCAUUCGCCCACCUUGGUACCGACGAGCUUGGAGUACGUUACAUUCAUUUUCGAAUUAAUUCUUGAUUUUCAGACAGAAUCCGCGACGUUUUCCGACGAUAA